AUGGCGCCGUGGAUCCUCGGAGACAAAUUCAACACAGUCUACCCUCAUAAGGGGUCUAUCAAGGCCCUCUGGGAGACUAAGUGGAAAUUCUGCUGCCAGAAAUCCGUGUAUCCGUUCCACGAUGGCAUGUACGAGGACUUCGAGCCCAUCUUUCAGAGGCUGAUUGCGGAGAACAUCAACGAUGCCUUCACGGACGCCUACACCAACGCGUUCCUGCCCACCGUCACGGCACUGGAGAACGAAGCCGCGGAAGCCAUGAGCGCCGGCAAAAAGGACCGGGCAUCAGACCUGUACCGUCGUGCAGCGGUGGUUCUCCGAAUCUCGCGCUUCCCCUACGUCAGCCCGUCGACCAAGCCCGAGACAUCUAUCAAGCGCGCUGCCUUUGAGCGCCAGAAGCACCUGUACCUCAAAGCAGCUUCGAUGUGGAGUCCUCCAAUUAAGGAAGUGGUGAUUCCGCACGCACGCCGUGCGGGCAAAGACGGUGCCCAGAUCCCGCUGUACGUGCGGCUGCCGGAGGAAGCCAGCGCACAGAACAAAGUGCCCGUCGUGCUGCUGAUGACGGGGCUGGAUGGCUACCGUCCUGACAACAGCCAGCGCACGCACGAGAUCAUUGGUCGCGGCUGGGCGACUGUUAUCUGUGAGAUUCCAGGCACCGCGGACUCGCCUGCUGAUCCCGCGGACCCGGAGUCGCCUGAUCGUCUUUGGUCCAGCGUUCUGGAGUACAUGGCUCAGCGGCCGGAGUUCGAUAUGACCCGUGUCGCGGCUUGGGGUCUGAGUGCUGGUGGCUUCUAUGCUAUUCGUGCUGCUUGUACGCACCGUGAUCGUCUGGCUGGAUCUGUUGCUCACGGUCCGGGUUCUCAUUACUUCCUGGAUGGUGAGUGGUUGAGCCGCGUCAAUGACCAUGAGUACCCUUUUACACUCACUCCCUGUCUUGCGGAGAAAUUCGGCUACACCGAUGUAGCCGACUUCGAGAAGAACGCGCAGAAGAAAUUCUCUCUCGUCGAGACCGGUGUUGUCGACCAGCCCAACUGCCGACUUCUGAUGCUCAACGGUGUGAACGACGGCGUUGUACCCAUCGAGGACUCCAUGGUCCUCUUCAGCCACGGCGGUCCCAAAGAAGGACGAUUCUUCAACGGUCUCGUGCACAUGGGAUACCCGGAUAGUCUGCCAGUUGCCUACAAAUGGCUGGAGGAUGUGCUUUCUCCUAACGCUCCGGCAGCAAAGAACUAA